GAAGAAUAACACAUCAAUGUAGUAUCAUUUCCGUUUCCACAGCCUAGUAGCUGGUGCUGUUCCCUCUUCACGCGCAAAAAUCGGUUUUGAAAACCUUUCCGAAGAUGUUCCGAAGAAUGUUGUCGAUGGUCGUGAUUUCAGCUCAGAACCAAAUGAAACGACUAUUGAGUUCAUCGAUGGAGAUGAUGAUUUCGCCAGAUGGUUUCAAUCAACGCAAUCUAAACUAUCUCCUGAAAAGGAACGAGACUCCAGAACUAUUAUGCAAGAUCAACUUCACGGUGUUAUGGAGAUCCGACCUGAUAAUCAUACCGGUACCGAAGAUGAGGCGCCGCCGUUCCGUCAGUUCAGCGACAACCCAAAUAAAAACAUACCUCCUGUAGUAUCAUCCGAAACGUCGCUACGUCAAAGCCUUAAAUCAAAGGAGCUAACCAUAAAACUGCUCAAACAAAAUAUGAAAUCUAUUCGGCGCCAAAUGUUCGUCCAAGACCAAACCAGCAAACGCCGAUUGAAUGCUUCCAACCGGUAUAAAAAGCUGUUCUUUUCCUUGCGCAAAGAAAUAAACGUUCUUAAAAAGAAGAAAAACGACAACGAAAAACUUGGAGAACAAGCCAGAAGAAAUCCGAUAAUCCUUGAUACUUUAAAAAAUGCAAUGCGUCACCCAAAAGCUCGACGAUAUCAACCAGAAACCAAAAAGUUUGCUUCUGGAGCAUAUCUAAGUGGACCACGAACUUAUAGAUUCGUUCGAAGAUCAAAAAACUUUAUUCUACCCCAUAAAAGCACAGUUUACGGGUACAAUAAGAGUAUCCGCAUUCUUCCCGGUUUGAACAAAACCAUUCUUAUGCGAAUGAAGUGUAAAGCUCGAUUCAUUAAGCCUAAGAGAGAUAAGUUGGUCAUGGUUUGCUUGGAUGGGAUGUCUGUCAAACCUGAAUUAACGUAUUGUGCAAAAUCAGACAUAUUCUAUGGAUUUCCAUUUGAUGGCACUGAACGUAAAAUUGAAAAAAAUAAUCCUCAGAGACUGGCAACUGAAGCGGUGGUAAUGAUGACAUCCGGAAUAUACAGUCGAUUCAAACAGGUAACUAAACUCGUUUGACGUAUUUUUAAUAUUUUUUCCAAAAACUGAACCAGUAACUUGUAGCCUGUAGGAUAUUUACUUGCACAUAACAGCCUUGGAAGUCACGUGCAGAUGAAAUUUGUUGAGAAGAGUGUUAUGGCAAUCAGAAAGAUCGGGCUGAUACCAAUAGCCCUUGUGAUGGAUCAGUGCACAACGAAUCAAAAAAUGAUCCGUGAAGCUGGCGCCACCCAUGCCGAUCCUCUAAUCAACAUAGGCGGUGAAGAUAUUGCCGUUCUAUACGACACGCCUCAUCUGUUGAAAAACACGCGGAAUGCUUUAUUAAAGCACAAUGCAGUGUUCGAAGGUGGAAUAGCUUCUUUUCAGCAUAUAAAAGAAUUAUAUGACACUGACGUAACUUCUUCUCUACGGCUGGUUCCAAAAUUGAAUCACAAAUGUAUAACAUUACCACCUUUCACAAAAAUGAACGUACCUCUGGCAACACGUACGUUAAGUGAAUCAACAUCAAUCGCGAUAAAACAUUAUGUUGAAACAGAGGAACUGUGUGGUGAAGCUUUACAAACAGCAGCAUUUGUUGAAUUCCACGACAAACUUUUCGACACCUUCAACUCAAAAGAACGCUACGCGGCCUCAAUCGGAAAAGUAUGUUUUUUUUAAAUAAUUAUCUAACGAUACUAACUAUACUUUCUAUGUAUUUGUGUCUCUUGUUAGCCAUACAGAACGCCAAUCACCGAAAAUUCUUUCCACGUCGAUUUUCUUAGGCACGCAAAGGAAAUUCUUGGUAAUAUGUAUUACACCACAAAUGAAUGCUUCGAUAUUAGAAAAGUAAGAUGCUUUAAAAAUUUAGAGGUUUUUUUUUUCAAUAAUACAUUUUUCUAGGCGAAAGAAGAAGCGAAGAAGCUAACAGCUGCCCAAAGAAUCCCUGCUUACCUAAAAGGUUUCAUAGGCAAUAUCAACGCACUUUUGUGGAUAUGGGAAAAAUUGAGAACCAAAUAUGCCUGUAACUACAUGUGCACGAAUUCAUUCUGCCAGGAUUGUUUGGAAAACUUUUUUUCUGAGAUUCGAAGACGUUGUGGAUUUAACGAUGCUCCUAAUACAUUCCAGUUUAGCAGCGCAUUCAAAUAUGCUAUGUUAACUGUCGCAAACGAGGUCUUCGAUGAAGGUAAAAAUUGUGAAAACGACGGUCGGCAGCCAAUGCUCAACGAGGAGGAUCUCGUGGAAACGGAUACACAUAUUGAAGAAUCACCCUCAUUCAAAAACGAGCCGCUAGAUCAAAACAUCCCUUUGAUAGCUCAGAAAAAGGAUCUAAAUGCUUUGGUUUACAUCCUUGGAAUUGCCAUUUCCAAAUUGUCACACGAAAAAUGCCGUGCGAAAUUGAAGGCGGUGCAAGAUGUUGAGUACUUGAACAAUGAGGACUAUUCAUUUUCAAAACUAAAGGCUCAAACAAGAGAUAUGCAUAUGCCCAAUAAUACCCUCUAUUCUAUCGGAUUACUAGCGUUUGCUGCUUUCAAACAAAAAUUCAAGAAAUUUUUAUUCGAGAACAGAAAGAAUGUUAAAACGCGCCUAAAACAGUGUAUUAUAUACGAGUCACUCGGAAAAUCAAUUUGCAGGCCAUGCUUUAACAGGCUAAUUGAUUUUAUUUUCAAUACGCUCAUUCAAUCUUUCUUGCGAGAAAAUAGAAACAGAAACAAAGUGGCUGAAAAUAACAAACGUAAAAUGAAGCGUAAUCGAAAAGCUAUCCGUAUGAAUUUGCCCCAGGAAUAAAUUCGAUGUAUUCAAAAGUCGAAGAAUCAAUAAAUAUUUAGAGUUACGAUUCAAUUCUUUUUUAAUUGUAAUCUGCAAAACAGACAGUUUUUAUUUCAUUGAUCGUACUAAAUUACAUGUAUGAUAAAAAAAAUGUGAAGCCCUUCGUUGGGCGGGAAAUAAUGACGAGCGUCUAGACUGCACGUUUUGUUUUUCUUUUCCAACGACGAAAUACUCUCGCGAGCUCUCACGUAGGUGCCGCCCAACGUCUUUUACAAUUGAGCCUGCAAUUAAGAAAAAAGGGAAGUCAGUUUUCCUUUGCGUAACAAGAAAAACAAACAACGAAUACUAGAUCCGCUAGAUCCUUAUCCUAGUUUAACUUGUACAGUAACACCAGGAUAAUAAUACAGGCCCUAAAUAUCUUCUAUGGCUAUCUGAAACAGCAUUUGUAACCUGGAUGUACUAUAAAAUAUUACUUCAGUUGGGAGAGAAGUCCAUUUAAUACUAUAUCAAGAAAAAAUACAGUGAAGUGAUUCAAAUGGGACACUGAA